AUGCCUUUUUCAGAUUGUGACACUCUGCAGCACGUGGCUGACGUUGUCUCCAAGUCCUCCAAAAGUAAGAAAGCUGUGAUAAUAGAGGAUGGGGAUGAGAAAUACUAUGUAUGGAAAGAACUUGUGAGGAAGUUUGAAGUUAAAGGCACCACAAAUGACACAAGACGCAAUUCUGGUAUUGGGAGACCAGGGAGUGCCCGUACCAAAGAGAACAUUGAUGUCAUUGAUAGAGUUAUUACUGAAACUCCACAAAAAUCAGUUAGACGGGCUUCCAACGAUUUAUCCAAAUUUACCAGUUAUGUUUCAAGGAAUGAGGAAUUAAGGAAUAUUCCCACUAGAUUUGAAUUAACAGUCCCACCUUUGGAUCUCAGAGAACUAACAGAAGAGAGACUGUGUCAGAUUAUUAGAGUCAUUCCUCCCUCAAUGAAAUCAAUCAUUCCAGGGCAUAUCCUGCAAGUCAGUCAUCCAGUCUCCAGUUUCAAUGAACCAAACAGAAAAGUAUUAGAGAAGCCUGAAGUAUUAGCAGUUCUCAAUACUGGCUAUAGAAAGACUUACAGAGUAUGCUGUAUUCCUAAUACAAAUCAGUUCUAUGUCUGUGGUGACACUAAGACCAUCAGACACAUGAACACCGAGGGGUCAAUAAUGGAGGAGAUUAUCACUAAGUCAGGAUAUACUCCAUAUGAUCUGACAGUCACCAGAGAGGGACAUCUGGUGUACACUGACUUGAAAAAUAGAAGUAUCAACAGACAGAAGAAUGGCAAAAUAGAAUGUCUGCUCAGACUAGAGGGCUGGAUACCACGGGCCAUCUGUCGCAUCUCCACACACGACGUACUAGUUAUCAUGACGACUGAUGAUUGCAAACGAAGUGAAAUUGUCCGUUACUGCACAUCUACAACCACACGGACACAAUACAAUGACAACGGCAAACCUAUAUAUUUUGAUCCAGACUUUGUCACCGAAAAUAAGAACCUUGAUUUUGUUGUGAGUAAUUCUAAUACAAAGACAGUAAUGGUGGUAGACAAGGAAGGCAAGUUCAGGUUCAACUAUAAUGGAAAUUUAAAGAAAUCAUUUAGUCCACGUGGUGUGGCCACAGAGAAUAUGUGCAACAUCCUGAUUGCUGACCGUGAUAACCACGUUAUACACAUCAUUGAUCAGAAUGGACAGUUCCUCCGGUACAUAGACACCUGUAACUUACACAAACCAUAUGAUCUCAGUACUGACAGUAGUGACAUGUUGUUUGUUACUGAAUGUGAUUCCGGCAUUGUGAAACAAAUUAAGUAUUUAGAAUAA